CAUGUCCCGCCCCCACAGUGCGUCUGUGUCUUGUCUAGUGACGUCUUAUCUCCGAGUCCUGCCGUAGGCAGAGUCUUGCUGGUGAGGCCUAGGGGUUUUCAUUUGGUAUUUUGUAAUAAAUUUUGAUCCGUGCCAUCACCAGCCCGACCGUUUGUCUCUGAACCCGGGCUGAGCCAGGUUCAUGGCCUGUUGGGCGCUGGUCUGACUUCUCCGUGGGGGAAAAAAAUAAAACGGCUAGAUUGCGCGACUGAAAAUAACGAGGAAAUCAAAUUGAGGAACCAGCACUUGAAGAAGUAACGAAAAAAAAAGAUGACAUCUCGGAGGUGGUUUCACCCAAACAUCACAGGUGUGGAGGCAGAGAACCUGCUGCUGACCCGGGGGGUGGAUGGCAGCUUUUUGGCUCGUCCCAGCAAGAGCAACCCUGGGGAUUUCACUCUGUCUGUGAGGCGGAACGGCGCCGUCACCCACAUCAAGAUCCAGAACACCGGCGAUUACUACGACCUCUAUGGCGGGGAGAAGUUUGCCACGCUGGCUGAGCUGGUGCAGUACUACAUGGAGCACCACGGGCAGCUGAAGGAGAAGAACGGGGACGUCAUCGAGCUGAAGUACCCGCUGAACUGCGCCGACCCCACCUCUGAAAGGUGGUUCCAUGGGCACCUGUCUGGCCGGGAGGCGGAGAAGCUGCUGACGGAGAAGGGGAAGAACGGCAGCUUCCUGGUCCGGGAGAGCCAGAGCCACCCGGGAGACUUUGUCCUGUCCGUUCGCACCGGGGAUGACAAGGGCGACAGCAGCGAGGGCAAGCCAAAGGUCACCCACGUCAUGAUCCGCUGCCAGCAGGACCUAAAGUACGACGUGGGUGGAGGGGAGAAGUUUGACUCCCUCACGGACCUGGUGGAACAUUACAAGAAGAAUCCGAUGGUGGAGACGCUGGGCACUGUGCUUCAGCUGAAACAGCCUCUGAACACCACCCGGAUCAACGCCGCAGAGAUUGAGAGCCGGGUGAAGGAGCUGAGCAAGUUGGCCGAGGCUACGGACAAGGUCAAGCAAGGCUUCUGGGAGGAGUUUGAGACCUUGCAGCAACAAGAGUGCAAGCUCCUUUACAGUCGCAAAGAAGGACAGCGAGCGGAGAAUAAGAACAAGAAUAGAUACAAAAAUAUUCUGCCUUUUGAUCAUACGCGUGUGGUGCUAAACGAUGGGGAUGUAAAUGAACCGGGGUCCGAUUAUAUCAAUGCCAACAUCAUAAUGCCUGAAUUUGAGACGAAGUGCAACAACUCCAAGUCGAAGAAGUGCUACAUCGCCACGCAGGGCUGCCUGCAGAACACCAUCAGCGACUUCUGGAGGAUGGUCUUCCAGGAGAACUCCCGGGUCAUCGUCAUGACAACCAAGGAGGUGGAGCGAGGAAAGAGUAAAUGUGUGAAGUACUGGCCAGACGUCUCCGCUUUGAAGGAGUACGGCGCAAUGCGUGUCCGCAAUGUCAAGGAGAACUCGGCACAUGACUAUAUUCUGAGGGAACUGAAAUUAUCGAAGGUUGGACAGGGGAACACGGAGCGGACGGUGUGGCAGUACCACUUCCGAGCCUGGCCCGACCACGGUGUGCCCGGCGACCCUGGGGGUGUGCUGGACUUCUUGGAGGAGGUCAACCUCAAACAGGAGAGCAUCCUGGAGGCUGGGCCCAUUGUGGUGCAUUGCAGUGCUGGCAUUGGACGGACGGGAACAUUUAUUGUAAUAGACAUCCUAAUUGAUAUAAUCAGAGAAAAGGGGGUGGACUGCGAUAUUGAUGUUCCCAAAACCAUCCAGAUGGUGCGAUCUCAGCGUUCAGGGAUGGUGCAGACAGAGGCGCAGUACCGGUUUAUAUACAUGGCUGUGCAGCACUAUAUUGAGACUCUGCAGCGUAGGAUUUUAGAGGAGCAGAAGAGCAAGAUAAAAGGCAGGGAGUAUACCAAUAUAAAAUAUUCACUCUCCGAUCUAACGGGAGGGGACCAGAGCCCGCUACCGCCCUGCACCCCUACGUCAGCCUGCGCUGAAAUGAGAGACGACAGCUCGAGAGUCUACGAAAAUGUGGGUUUAAUGCAACAGCAGAAGAGUUUCAGAUGAGAAUUACCCUAUUUGAUGUCCUAGUUAAUGAGGAACCUCUUUUUAGUUUGUUGUAAACCGCACCAGAAUGCCUGAGAAGUGAUUGUGAAAAAAGGAGAAGAUGAAGACUGAAUAUCUGAA